CGUACUCAAGAACAACAAUAAAUAUUACGAGGAUGUACUUUUCGGUUUACUGGCAUGGAACAUCUUCUUAAGAUAUAAAAUUUAGUAGCAGUUGUACACACCAGAAUUCCCGUAUAUUCUGUACAAUUCCUGCUGCACAUGAAAUAAUUUUAACCGUGCCGACAAUAUCGGUGACAUUAGUGCACAAUGGGAAUUUUGGGACUAAUUGUUUUAAUUUUGAUUGCAUGUCUGCAGGUGUUAUCGUUGUCCGCAACAGGUGAUUUAAAGGAGACUGUGAUCUUACAAUAUGCCACCAAUGACACGCUGAAUAACAGCACCGACUUCAUUCGACAAAUAUAUGCUUAUUUAUUAGAUACGGAACUACAGAACCUCAAAAUUAGCAUUAGUUCAAGAAAAGCAAUGGACGAUGCUCAAGAUGAUCUUCCGAGAAUAAAUGCAGUUGAUUUAUCCAUUACUGCAACCGACGUGACAUCGGGUCAUGCGCAAAUUCAACAACUGCUGCCUUUUAUUUCUCAGCAAGUUGAUAUAACACUGGACCAACAGGCAAAUAUCGCGGUGUCUUCUGCUUCGAAAACGAUGCUGACAGUUUUGGAUACUAUUAAAACACCGCGCACAUCCGCUGUAAUUGAAACCGGAAAGAAAUCUUUUAUUAUCUAUGACGUAGUGACGAUUGAAGGCUGGAAUGACGCAGCAGAAAGAAAUGAUGUUUUCGAUAAUAUUCGCACAACCUGGUUGGAAGCCAUAUCAGAUUUCAGUUCGCACAGACCUAUUGUUGAUCUAGUAAUAACGCAGGACAUUGUGAAUUUUGAUGGAUCGCACCAGAUCACGUACGCUGUGAAUAUUCUGCACGACGAGAAGGUGAAUUCUAAAAAGGUCAUCGACAACUUUCUCAACAGUCUCAAUGGUGCAAAGAUCUCGAAAUUGAUUUCUCGUUCUACAAGUGAUCCCCAACCGGAAAUCAGACCGUUUGGCGAUAAUGGCGUGCGCUCUUUUGGCUUCUACGAUACCAUUGUACUGAAGUACAAUAUGAAAUCAGAGCAAGAUUAUCAGAGUGCUAUGGAAGAUAUUCGGAAAAACUGGAUGAAAGUAUUAGGUUCGGAUGCGUGGAAUGUUAAAAUUCUACCGAAGCGCAAAACAUCCGGUGUACAAGAGGCGCUAAUCAUUAGCUAUUUAAUUACAUUUACCUCCACAUUGAAAGGACCCUGGAAGUUCGGUGACCUUCGUGGUGAAUUCGUCAAACUCAUACCGAAUAUUCGCGGACCCACCUAUUCGGCAUCCGCUUACAAGAACGAGCCGACGUUAGCGCAGAACGUCAUUGUGACCGGCACAACGCCGGCUUCGAAUAAACCCGUCCGUCAAGUGCCGGUUAUGGUUAAAAGCAAUCCCCUUCCCAAUGGAGCCAUUAAGCCCAAAGGACCCCGGACCCAGCCCACUACGACAACAACCACGGCAUCCAGUCCAGUCGAAGAUGAUCCGGAGUUCGACAGCUCUGUAUCGAAUAAAAUGGAACAGUCCAAAUCGUGGUUGCAGGGCAGCACAAACAAUCAAAUUGGCAGUAAUGGCAAGGCAAAGCCGCAGUGGUCAGCGGGAUCAGCAACCAACGUACAGGAUGAUAGCGACACAACGGAAUCGACAUACCGAACGGUUUACCUCAACGUAUAUUUAAUAACGGAUCUAUUUCGCAUUACUCUUCGCGAUCCCAGUGAUCUGACCCUGUUUAUGGACAAAAUAGACCACGCAUGGCAUAAAACGAUCGGGAACCGCACGGAAUUUGCUCAAAUUGUUUUAUAUGACGAUGCUGUAUCUUCGACUGACAGCAAAAUCCACACCAUCCAGUAUGUCGUGGUAAUUCUUUCCAGUGAUGCGCACUUGGAUCUCAACCGGCUCAAAACUAAUUUUGAGCGCGCACGACCGGUUCCCCCAGGGCAAAAGAAUAAUGGCGCCGGUCUUUUGCCCUCUCCGUACAACUUCUUGGUUAUUAAGGACACCUAUCCUCUCACAUAUUCUGAUCCCGAGGAGCAAAAUGUGUUCGUAGCCAAUUUACAGCAGCUGUGGAUCAACGCUUUAGGUACUGUACUGUAUUUGAAUGUACUUAUACGUACAAAAAAGCAGGUUAAGCAAAAUAGUAAGACGAAUUUGAGUAAAACUUCAUAUGUGAUAUUUACAGGCGGUCGAAGCUGAAGCCGUCGAAGUGAUCGUAUACGAAGACAGUAUUAGCCACCACAUUUUGAGUAUGGGAGGCAAAACAAAACGCCAACAACGGCAUCAGUUAUCUUACAUCGUCUUUAUUGCGGCCAAAGGAAUUCUGGAUGAACUGGCCGUUCAGAAAAGUUUCCAUCAACAUUUAAUCAAAUUAACCGCUGUCGAUGGCAGCAGUGUAGAUCUGAGUCACCGAAAUUAAGAAGCGCUGCUUAAAAUGUUUAAUUACUUAAAACAAUUAACCGCGAACAAAUUUUUGAAUGGCUUUGCAGUACUUCCUUCUACGCUUUUGCGAUCUGGUCAAAAACUUAUUGCAUGCAGUUUGAAGCGUGGAACUACAUUGCAGUAAGAAACACAAUAAAUUUAAUU